AAUCAACUGUCAACUACAAAGACACAACAGUUUGCAACGGGGUUAAAAUCAUGUGCAUUUUUCUUACCGUACAGCCUUGUGUUCCUCCUCCAACAGCGACCGUCAAUCUACUCGAUGUCUCGUGUGAAUCAAUCCCCACCGUCGAUUUCAUCCAAGAUACCUCUCUCCACAUUUCCACCGCCACACACCCUGAAUAAUCUCAGGUAGAAAUAUGAAAAUUACUGUUAAUUAAUUUUAAACCUCUGUUCGAACUUUCUCUCUCUGCUAAUCUGUACUCUACUUAAUUAGGAAAUUCCUCCGCCCCCCUCCGCCGUACAGUACAUGGCUAAAGCCAAAUCCUGCCGCCGUACAAUCGAUUCCUACACCGUCAAGCAUAUAAGCAAAACCAUACGCCCUGGAGACUGCGUUUUGAUGAGACCUUCUGAUUCUUCGAAGCUGUCCUACGUGGCGCGCGUGGAGAAGAUCGAGGCGGCAGACGGCCGCGGCGGCGGCACGAGCGUGAGGGUACGCGUUAGGUGGUAUUACCGGCCGGAGGAGUCGAUCGGAGGCCGGCGGCAGUUCCACGGCUCGAAGGAGUUGUUUCUGUCCGAUCAUUUGGAUUAUCAGAGCGCUGAUACUAUAGAGGGGAAGUGUACGGUGCACAACUUUAUCAGCUACACUAAGCUCGAUGCCGUUGGGAACGAAGACUUCUUCUGUCGUUUCGAGUACAAUUCGUCCACCGGUGGCUUCAAUCCUGAUCGAGUCGCCGUGUACUGUAAAUGUGAGAUGCCUUAUAAUCCUGACGAACUUAUGGUUCAGUGUGAAGGAUGCACUGAGUGGUUUCAUCCUACUUGUAUUGAAAUGACCCCUGAGGAAGCCAAAAAACUAGACUGUUUCUACUGUCUUAGUUGUUCCUCUGAAGAUCAAAACAAAUUACAGAAUUCUCAUGUUUCUACUGGACACUCUGAUGAGAAGGUGGAUACAAAACGGCGUCGCAGAUGAUGUGCGCAAGAUGUGUAUUAUUGUACUUAUCCAAUGCAAACAAACACAUAAGCAAUGAUGAAAAAAGAAAAAAAAAGUGUGAAUGGGUGAAAGAAGGGAACAGUGAUGGAGAAACUCCUCGUUUCUACUUUUUAAUUUCAAGGAUGUGUUUGGUUGUCUGUAUUUAUGUGAUGUAGAUUCUCCUUUCUUUUUCUUUGUAAAAGCAAAUAGUAUUUCAACAUAAUAGUUACAGGGCUCAUUAGAUGCUCUCUACCUGUUGGCUAGUUUAGGUAGAGUUGCGAGUGGUUAAAGUGAUAUUAGAAUUUCAUUAUAGCAUGUAAUUUUAUGAAAUGAUUGGUGAUUACUUAUUUUGUAUCAUAACUUACUAAUAUUUGUAGUU